GUUUUAUGUCACAAGUUAAAACAAUAUUCUUAAAAUAGAAAUUUGGAUUUAAAUAUCUCAAAAUAAAUAUGGAAGAUGAAGAUAACCAAGAUGAAGCUGCAUGGGAUGAUCAGGCCGAAGGAGUUGGUGCCCAAGCUGAGAUUGGUGAUGAUAUGGAAGCAACACGAAAUGAAUGUUUGAAAAAUUUAGCAAGUACUGAUUAUAUCAUGGAGCCUUCCAUUUUCAACACUCUAAAAGGGUAUUUCCAAGCAGGAGGGAUGCCAGAAAAAGUUGUUGAAUUAUUGUCUGAUAAUUAUACUGCUGUUGCACAAACUGUCAAUCUUCUUGCUGAAUGGUUGAUUAUGUGUGGUUUAGCUCCUACAGAAGUACAAGAUAUGGUUGAAAAUCAUUUGAAAGAUCUUUUGCUGAAACAUUUCGAUCCAAAGAAAGCAGAUACUAUAUUUACAGAAGAGGGAGAGACACCAUCAUGGCUUGAAAGCAUGAUUGCUCAUCAAAAAUGGAGACAAUUAUUUUACAAAUUGGCUGAAGAAUAUCCUGAAUGCCUCAUGUUGAAUUUCACUGUCAAGCUGAUAUCUGAUGCUGGUUAUCAAGGCGAAAUAACAAACGUGUCAACAGCAUGUACACAACUGGAAGUAUUUUCUCGUGUUUUAAGAACUUGUCUUGCAACAAUACUUGAUGCUGGAGGAGAGGCCGCUCUUGAUAAGAAUAUUCCUGAUUUUGCAAAAAUGGUCUGUCAUGCUGAACAUACAUAUUUAUAUGCACAAGUCGUCAUGGCUGUUUUGGCAAAAGAGAAAAACGGUGGAUCGGUGGCUCGACGAAUAAGCCAGGAAGUACAAAAAUACGCUAAAAACAGGGGGCAUGAUGUAACACAUAUCACUUUAGCUUUGAGUAAUACAGCAUCACAUUUACGAGCCAGUCAAAGUAUAAUGUCAUUAUUAUCGAAAGGACAAUUAAAUCCAGGAGACAUUACUAUUCUACAUAAAUUGUAUUCUGGAAACGAUCCUCCACCAGUCGAGUUACUUAGAUUUCCACUGUUUCUUGAAUUGAUGGUGACAAGUCUAUUUACAAGCGGAGGAGCCAAGAUAAAUCCUGAGCACAAACAUAAAUAUAUAUUUUUACUUGGUUAUGCAGCUAGUGUUGUUGAAACAAGAAAUAAGAGCAAUUCAAGGAAAAUCAACAUGGAUGAAUUGAAACAAACAUCACAGGCGAUUGAAAAAGUUCAUAAUUUAACAUGUGGGGGUGGGGGUCACGUUCAAUUACUUUCAGAGAUUGGAACUUUGUAUCAAUGCAUAAGGUUUCCUGUGGUAGCAAUGGGUGUUUUAAAAUGGGUCGACCAAACUGUCUCAGAUUCAGCUUAUUUUGAGAAACAAAUGGAUCAUACGCCUCUACAUUUAACACUACUUGAUGAGAUUGUGAGCUGUCAUCCAUUAUUGCAUCUUGAAGUGUUAAAAUUACUGAUAAACUUAUUCCAAAACAAAUUUCCUGAUUUGGACACUUUGAUACAACUGGAAUUAAAGAAGACAGUUUUGGAUCGGAUGGUACAUUUAAUGAGCAGAGGAUGCGUCUUGCCAGUGAUUUCAUACAUAAGAGAACGUGUGGAUCGACAAGAUACAGAUGUGUCACUAGUUAGACAUUUUGUCACCGAGGUCCUAGACAUCAUUUGUCCGCCUUACACAUCAGAUUUUGUUCACAUGUUUUUGCCAAUCAUUGAGAAUGAUAACAUCACUGGUACAUUGAGAAAUGAGGAAGGAAAUGACCCUGUGUCUGAUUUCAUUGUUCACUGCAAAACAAACUUCAUUAUGGCGACCUGAGUGGGUAAAAGAUGAUAUCUAUACAUGAACCUGCUCUCAACAAGACUACGGUUGAACCAUUUUGCAGAUGGGCCAGAAGACCUUCAGAUCGACGGAGAACAAGAAAAAAAAAAGAUGGUUAACAACAGAACUAUUUUAUUUCGAACAAUACCAAUAAGCGUUCUAAAAGCAACAGAAAACACAGUGAACUUAAUUAAGAUCAUACAUGGCCAAACAAAGCU